ACUUAACCGAAAACAAAAAGUAAAAGAAGCAAAUCAUCAAACACUUUGAAGUCGAAGAUUUCUCCGACGACUGUGAAGCGAAAGAUGGACUUCAGAAUCAUGGGUUUUGAUUCUCCAAUCUUCAACAAUCUCCACCAAAUGAUGGAUAUCAGCGAAGACGCCGAGAAGUCCUUCAACAUCCCGUCCCGCACUUAUGUCCGUGACGCCAAGGCCAUGGCUGCUACUCCGGCGGAUGUGAAGGAGUACCCGAAAUCCUACGUCUUUGUUGUCGACAUGCCGGGGCUGAAAUCCGGUGACAUCAAGGUGCAGGUGGAGGACGACAAUGUGCUACUGAUUAGUGGUGAAAGGAAGCGCGAGGAGGAGAAAGAAGGGGCCAAGUACGUGAGAAUGGAGAGGCGGGUAGGCAAAUUUAUGAGGAAGUUUGUGCUGCCUGAGAAUGCCAACACCGGUGCCAUUUCUGCUGCUUGUCAGGACGGUGUGUUGACUGUCACUGUUCAGAAACUGCCGCCGCCAGAGCCUAAGAAGCCCAAGACUAUCGAAGUUAAGAUAGCUUAAAUUUGGGGAUAAUGUGAUGUGAGUAACGUUUGGAUAUGAAAUAAUUCGUGCCAUGCAGUGAUAUAUAAUAUCAAUGAAUCUAUUAUAUCUACAAUUGAUGCAAUUUUCCCUAG